UUUCAUUCUUCCUUCUUGUUCUUCCAUCUCUCUAUAUAUCUUUGUAUACCAUCAUUAUCUUCAGCUUCAGUCUUUGCUUAACAGAUACAUCUUAUUUCCACGAUGGACAAGAAGUCAAAUCAAUACGAACGUGUAUUUAAGCACUUUGACGAGAACGGAGAUGGGAAGCUAUCGGCGUCGGAGCUUCGGCAGCGUGUGGAGGUGAUCGGCAGAGAGCUGUCAGCAGAGGAGGCCGAGGCGUUGGUGGGUUAUUUGGAUGCCGACGGUGAUGGGUUGGUGGGGUUGGACGAUUUUGUUAGGUUUCUGGAGGAAGAGAAAGAGGAAGAGAGAGUCAAGGGCUUAAGAGAGGCUUUUAAAAUGUAUGAGAUGGAUGGUUCUGGUUGUAUUACCCCCAAGAGUCUCAAGAGGAUGCUUAGUAGGUUAGGACAAUCUACGAGUUUGCAGAAGUGCCAACUUAUGAUCUCUAGCUUUGACCUCGACGGUGAUGGUGUUCUCAGUUUUGAGGAAUUUAGAGUCAUGAUGAUGUAAUGUUGAAAAAUUAAAUCCCAUUGGUUUUAAGUUACAUUAAUUAAAUGAUUCCGAUAUCAGUAUUUGAUGAA